GGCAGCUCCGCCGACCGCGCCGGGAGGGAACCAACCGGCGUCGCCGGCGGCGGCGGCCAGGGGGCAGGGCAGGGCGGCGCCGCGGGCGUCGGGCGCGCGCGCGCCCCAGUCAGCGCCAGCCGCCGGAGGGUUCACGUCGCCCACCGUCCGUCCUUCGUCCCUGCCGUCACGAUGCUGCGCCUGCUGCUGCUGGUGGCCGCCUGCUGGGCGGUCUCGCUGGCCGUCGAGUGCGGCGAGUGUGAUCCGAGCCAAUGCGCCGUGGCCACCGACUGCUACGCGGGCGUGGUGAUGGACCUUUGCAACUGCUGCGCCGUCUGCGGCCGCCGCGAGGGCGAGCAAUGCGACGACCCGCAGCAGAACAUACGCGACAAGCUGCGCGGCGACGGGCGCUGCGGCGAGAACCUCGAGUGCAAGGUGGUCAAGACCAACCAGAAGAGCGGCAAUAAGCGGGCGGCGUUGUGCGUCUGUAAGGAGCAGGACAUGGUGUGUGGCUCCGAUGGCAAGACGUACGGCAACCUCUGCCAGCUGAUGGAGGUAGCCUACAAGAACGGCACGCAGGACGCGCCUAAGGUCCAGAUGUGGGGACCCUGCGAGAGCGCGCCGACGAUCGUCACUGGGCCGCAGCACGCGCACGAGCAGCUGGGCGACAAGUUGGUGCUCGACUGUGAGGUGUUCGGCUUCCCGAUCCCGCAGAUCACCUGGUACAAGAUGGACGAGGACGGACGCAACAACAGCCUGCCCGGUGACCGUGGCGACAUGGCCAUUCAGACUCGCGGCGGCCCUGGCAACCUGAUGGUGACUGGCUGGGUGCAGAUCGUCGACCUGAAGCCCAGCGACUCCGGCACAUACCAGUGCAUCGCCCAGAACAAGAACGGUGUGGCCCGGGCCGAUGCCAAGGUCAGCGUCUACAAGAUGUCCAAGGGCGAGCUGUGAGCGACCCCGGCGGCCGCCGGCCGCAAUUCUGAUUCCCGCUGAAUCCGCAAGAUGGUGCUAUCGUGUAGGGAGUGUCGCGUCGUGCUGGAGCGGCCGAGUAGCCGCGUGACUGCUCGGUGUGGGCUGACGGGCGGCUCCCACCACUGCCAGCGCUCCUUGGGUGCCGCCCCAGCCGCGUCCAGGCAGAUGUUCAGUGUCAGUAAAUUAGAUGGCGUCAAACAUUUCGCAGCGGCGCGGCGCGUGACUGGCGUGGGCCGAACCUGCCGCCUGCCGGUGACUGGCAGAUCGGCGGCCACCCUCGCCGAGUGUGUACGGCGACUACUGCGCAGAGCUGCCGCGGUGUUUGGCCGGCCUAUGUCUCGAGCUCAGCUUUUCUGACGCCAAUUUGUAGCGCGAAAAUUGUGAUCACUGUUCAAUCGAUGUAGCGCAAUACAAUAAACAUUUGCCCAACAAA